AUGCCCUACGACAUGCUGACGAAGAAAGUGAGUGGUUCCUGUGCUGAAGUUCCGUCUGGGGUGGAGUGCCUGCGGAAUUCCAGCCAUCCUUUGCUGAAAGUGACGAUCUGCAGCUCUUCGAGUGAUCACUUUGCCCUUCUCGUCUCGCUGUCGCACAUCAUUGCUGAUGGGUACACCUACUACAGGAUCUUCCACAUGCUGACGCGCAAGCUGACACCAGUCCUUUCCCUGAGACCGGAGCGAAAGUUGGCUUUCCAUCAAGAGCGUUUGCGCGCUCUUGGCCGGCCUGAAUACGAGUUCAUCUUCUCGCCAGCAUAUGUGCUCAACUCCCUCACCAGCAAAUACUUAUGGGGAAGACCACAAUGCCGUGCCUAUGUCAUCAAUAUGGAGAAGGUCAAACAACUUCAGGUCCAAGCUGCGAAGACUGUGCCAGCCGUGCCUCUCUCGACGAACGACAUCGUAACGUCCAGUGUUGCAAGGCUCUUCGGGGCGCGUGCUUGUUCCAUGGCCGUGAACUUCCGUGGACGCCUAGCCAACCUAUCGGAGGACGAUGCUGGCAACUACCAGGGUCUACUGUGGUUUGGUCCCGAUGACAUCUCGGGCCCGAGUCUGGUCCGGGCAGCGUUGGAGCAGGGAAGACAACACGGAGUCUAUCGACGAUGUGGCGAUCCAGAUGGCCAACUGCCCGGCUUUUGGGAGAUGCUUUGCUCACGCCUGGCGGUCAUAACCAGCUGGGUGUUUAAAGACGAGCCGAUGUUGGAGGGGUGCACGAUGGGGCUGCACCUCCCCCAUUUCGACUUGGAUGAGGUUAAUUCGGACAUGGCCGUAAUCUUCAGACCGCGACCAGGACAACAGGCAGUCAUGCUGUUCACAAAGGACCUGAAUGUGGAUGUACUAGCGACGGCGCCGGACAGUGUCCUUGGAGAGCCCGCCUUGCUGAUGCUGGAGCGAGGCAUCUCUUUUGAAGAAGCGUGGACCUUCUGUGAGAAGAGACGGCCCAUCGUGUAUCCCAAUGUCGGAUUUCAGCAACAGCUUCGUCAUCUUGAAAAAGUGAUGACUGAGAAAGUCGACUUCAAGGCAACUUGGCAGAAGCAGGUGAAGCAGCUCCGAGAGGCUUUGCCCAAAGGCGAUUUGGAAGGGCCAAAGUCUCCACUUCCGAUCCGGGAUGCGAUUGGCUCCUGCAUGGGUGCCGCACUGAACGAGCUGGAGGCCCUCGUAGACAAGGUUCUUUCUCAACCGCAGCUGCUUCAAAAGAGGGAGCUAUGGAAAAGACAAGGGCUCUUCUUCGAGAACCUGCACAAGUACAAGGCCAUUCCCGGAGACCUGGGACUACUGAGCCGUGCCAAAGUGGCGGCUGAUCAGUUGAGGUCACUUCAGAAAGUUUACAGCGACUCCCUGAAAGGAGUCAAGUUAGCCAAUGCUGUUGCACAGGAAUUGGAGGACUGGUCCAAAGUGGCUGCACCGGAGCUCGAGAAAGCCGAAGCCGAAGGCCAGUCUGAAGCAAAGGAAGAGAAGCUCCCCCAGGAGCUCAGCAAGAAAGACAAGAAAAGACUGAAGAAGGAGAAGAAGCGCGCGAAAAAGGCCAAGAAAGCCGAAAAGAAAGCCGCCAAGACCUUGGCCAAGAUCGAAGAGGCUGCAAAGGAGGCCGAGCACAUCGCGAAGCUGGCGGGUGAAGAGGAAGCUGAGGCUGCCAGAAGAAUAGCCGAGGUGGAGGAGGAGCUUGCGGCAGCUGAGGCGGCAGCGGCUGCUGCCGAGGAGUCCUCAUCGGAAGAUCCUGAGAUGGUGGCCAAAGCAGCAAGGCUUCGAGAACAACUCAACGAAGCCUACGAGCAUUCUGCAAACGUGUGA